AUGGUGACUCCGGUGAAUCGGGAAUCUGGUAAUGGUGAAACAACACGGUUUCCGACGGAUCAAUAUGAUAAUCCGUAUUAUUUGAAAAACAAUGAUCAUGCUGGAUUGAUUCUUGUUUCUGAUAGACUUACGACUGCAUCUGAUUUUCAUUCUUGGAAACGUUCUGUUAUGAUGGCAUUGAAUGUCAGAAACAAACUUGGUUUUGUGAAUGGAACGAUUGUGAAGCCAGCUGAAGACCAUAGAGAUUAUGGAGCUUGGACUCGUUGCAAUGAUAUUGUAUCUACUUGGUUGAUGAAUUCAGUUUCGAAGAAGAUAGGUCAGAGUUUACUCUUUAUACCUACUGAUGAAGGAAUUUGGAAUAACAUUUUGUCUAGGUUUAAGCAAGGUGAUGCACCUAGAAUUUUUGCUAUUGAGCAGCGUUUAAGCAAGAUUGAACAGGGUUCUAUGGAUAUUUCCACUUAUUACACUGAGUUGCUUACCUUAUGGGAGGAGUAUAAGAACUAUGUGGAGCUACAUACAAGGCGUCAUAUCCUUAUGCUUAAGCCAAUUCCAUCAAUGGAGGACGCUUUCAACAUAUUAACUCAAGAUGAGAGGCAAACAACGAUUAAGCCACUCUCUCGUGUUGAUAAUGUAGCUUUCCAGGCGGUAGCACCAAUAGAUACUGACAUGGAUAAUGCUGCUUACAUUGCUGCAUACAACACUAAUCACCAAUUCAGAAGCCUGUUUGCACUCACUGUGGGAAAGUGGGGGAAUGCUGCUACAGGACAGCAAAUGCAACAGGUCCAGCAAGUGCAACAGUUGCAACCUCAAAUGCCAGUAUCUCAGUUUCAGCCUCGGAUGGUUUCUUUUCAGCCUAGAGCGCAAAUGAGUCCUUAUGAAUCAAUGCAUAAAGCUAAUGCAAUUGCUAAUGUUUACUCUGAGCCUACCCUAGUUGUUACAGAUUUUGGUACUUAUGUUCCAAAUGCUCAACCUCAAUAUUUGCCUCCUCAGUCUCAAUCGAUGCCUUAUGUUGAGACUGAUGGUUCAAUCCAGAAUCUUCAGAAUCUUACAUCACAACAGAUUCAACAGUUGGUUCAUCAGUUUAAUUCUCAGAUACAAUCUUCACCUCAAGAAUCUGAUGUUGCUAUAGCUGCAGUUACUGGUACUCAUGGCACAGCCACUAUUUCUGAACAUGGUUUAAUGGCAAAAACAUCUACAUCUGGUACUGUUUCUUUUCCUUCUACUAGUCUUAAGUAUGAGAAUAAUAAUCUCACUUUUCAAAAUCAUUCACUCUCUUCUUUACAACAAUUUUUGCCUCAUGAUGCUUGGAUAAUAGAUAGUGGAGCUUCUAGUCAUGUUUGUUCAGACUUAGAUAUGUUUAGGGAAUUGAGACCAGUAUCUAAUGUUACAGUUACUCUUCCUAAUGGUACUAGGGAACUUACACGGGGCUUGAUGAUUGGGAGGGGUAAACUUUACAACAACCUCUAUAUUCUUGACAAAGAAGAUCACUCCCUCUCUUCAUCUCUUCCUGUGGUCUGUCCUGUUUCUGAUUCUAAGCUUGCUGAUGGGGUUCUUUGGCAUCAACGUUUAGGUCAUCCCUCACCAGUUGCUUUGCAUAAACUUGUUAGUCAUAUUCCUUCUUUAAAAAGUGUAUCUUCUGCUGUUUCGGAUUGUAAGAUUUGUCCAUUAGCAAAACAGAAAAGAUUAGCCUAUGUUUCACAUAAUCAUUUAGCUUUACAUCCGUUUGAUUUAGUGCAUAUUGAUGUAUGGGGUCCUUUUAGUACUGAGUCUAUUGAGGGUUUUAAAUACUUUCUUACACUUGUUGAUGAUUGUACUAGAGUUACUUGGGUUUAUAUGAUGAGAAAUAAAAGUGAUAUUACUGUUAUUUUCCCAACUUUUCUGAAAAUGGUUUCAACUCAAUAUAAUUCAAUAAUCAAGGCAAUCAGGACUGACAAUGCACCAGAAUAA